AUGGACCUGUUAUUAACUUUUAAUACAUUUUUACAUGAAAAACUUGAUUACAAAAAUAAGGUAAUGGGUAUUUUCUUAUAUAUCCAAAAUCUUUAAAUUCUGUAUAUCAUAUUAUUUUAUUUAAAAAAAAAUUUGAAUAUGCUAGUACCUAUAUGGGUGAUUGUUUUUUUUUUUUUUUUAUCAAAAAUAUAAUUUCUUUACAUAGUCGCAUAUCAUGAUAACUCAUAAUAAUAUCGUUAGACAUUAAACGAUCCACACUCCACACAGUUCAGACGGUACACGGUAUCAAUAGAAUGCGGCCUUGCACUGUAAUAACUAAUAACUAAUAACAUGGAGUGUUAGUAUAAUAUCUAGCUACCGACAGGGUUUGAUAAACGUACCAUAAUCGUACCCGGUGGCCGGGGGUAUGAUUUGCGUGUUGAAUCGGCGGCGUUAGUCGGCUGCAGUGGCGUGUGCGCGACCGUGGCGGUUUCCUAAACGGGCAGUGUGACCAAUGUACGCAGCUGAAUCAACAUGAAUAUAUCUUAUUUUAACUGUAGCCACGCUGUUGAAAAUGAAAAAUAAAAUAAAAUGCUGUGAUAAUAUAACCGUGUUGAUAAAAAAUUUGGUAAACACAAAACGAUAUUGACAUUUUCGGUUUUCAUCGUUAUAUUUGUUUUGUAUACCAAAUAUUAUCUAAGGAUUUUGGGUAAGCACUAUGCAUUUUAUAUUUGAUUCUUGAUUAGAAUUUUUUUUUUUUUAUUGAUAUUUUUUCAAGGGAUUUGUAAAUUCUACUACUAUCGAUUCUCGAUCGAAGACCGGGACAAUCAUGGCCACAGUAAUAGCCAUUGACCUGUCCGUGUCUAUGAUUAAAAAAAUCAAAAACCCAGAGACCAAUGAAACCUAUACAUUACUGCAGUUUGCCGAACACGGAAUUAAUACACUGUUGGACUAUUUGGCCGUUCAUUCUAGACUCGAAUUAGUUGCCGUCGUGAGUAAUAUAUAAUAAUAUGCUUGAUUCAAAGAAAAAACGUUCUUCAGUCAUUCAAAAUAUUAUCUACCUAUCUAAUCAAAUACUGUUUUCAAAAUUACAUUUUACAAUACAAUAUAUGUGGAAUUAUAUUAUUAUUACAUACCUAAAGUAACAUUUGUACAAGAAAAAAGAAAAAUAUACAACUUACCAUAUUAGCAUAAAAACAAUUGUUUAUUUGGUUAACAUUUGAUUAAAUUAGGUACUCAUGCCUCGUUCUAUAUCAAAACAAAUUUGAACAAAAAGCUGUCUUCUCCAAUAUAUUUUUAUAGUAAUAAAAUUGUACACAAGUUUAUAAAGUUUAUUCCAACAGGUUACAUUUUCACAUACGUGUGAUAUACUGUGUUCAUUUACUCGCGACUAUGAAUCAAUCAAAAAUAAAAUCACGCAUUUAGAUUUCCAAACAGACACCCACUAUCCCCCUGUAAUACAAACUAUUAAUUAUUUAGUCCACAGAGAGUUGUCCAACUCAAUAACGUGUCAAGUAAGUAACAUAAUAUAAAACACUGUAUUUAAACUAAUAUCGAUAAAUAAAUAAUUUAUUUUAGGUGAUUAUGAUUACUGAUGGUAACUGCUAUAGAGGUCUUCGACAACCAGAUAUAACGCCAUUUCUAUUUCCUGGAAAACUAAUAGUCGUUCCUUUGGGUGAAGUAUCCACAAUUUACAAAAAUAAUUAUAACUCAAACGAACUUCCAAACGGCAUGGGAUAUAUAACUUCUCCUGAAUUACCUCUAACUCUAUCUAAAGUUGCUAAAGUGUUUGAAAAAAUUGCUAUAGAAAUAUAUGUUCCAUGUAUUGCAAUGUUACAAUGUGGCCAUUUAAAAUCUGAUGUUCAUCUGAUUCCUCCUCCUAUGGUAAUAUUAAUAAACAUUUUAAAUUUAACACUUUAAUGUAUAGAAAAAUCAUUUUUUUUUUUUAAUUUUCAGCCUUACACAAAAGCAGCAGACUUUGAGAUAAUGACCUAUUGCAUUUCUAAUGAAUUGAAUAUAAUUGGAUUUUUAGAGUCUUCGAAAGUUGAAUGCCCUGCUACUUUUUCCCGUCAUUUUGUUUUACCUCAACAAUUUUCAGAUGAAUGUAUAGAAAGUAAUUCAAAGUCUUCACAAAUUCCAUCAUUUUGCGUAUUAUUACAUGACGCUUUAAAAGUAAAUAAAUAACUCUGUUUUAAUAAUUAAUUUACUUUAAACAAAAAAUAAUAAAUUCAUAUUUAUUCAAUUUUUUUAGGCGGAAAAUAUGAUGGCUCUUUGUCAGUUAAAUUCUAAUUGGUUUGGAUUAUUAGUUAGUUGGGUUGACAAUAAAAACAAAUCUAACUUAAUAUUAAUUGUACUUGAACCUGGUACAAAUGCAAUUCCUUGGUUGGGAGACAUUCAAAAUCUUACAUUAACACCAACAGAAACUGAGACAGGUUAAAUAUCUAAAAUAAUUAUUUGAUUAUUUAUUAUUUUAAUUUAAUUUGUAUUGAAUAUUUACAGAAAACAAUGACCCACAGAUCAAAAAAUUAUCCAAUAAGUGUAGUUACAAUCAGCCACAAUUGGUAUGGAUUAAAGAAGCCAGUCUUCAGACUGAUAUUCAUAGAAUUUUGAGACAAGCAAGAAAAAUUCCAGAUAAAGUUCUGAGUUUUUAUAAGGUAGUUACCAAUGUAACAAUUAAUUUAAUUUGAUUAAAGUAUAAAUAAAAUAAGUGGGUAUUCUUAGUUUAAGUUACUGUGAGAUGAUAAAACAAUGAUAAAAAAUUACAAACAAAAGAAGAUUUUAAAGUUUUGGAGGAUGUUAAAUGUUGGAAUUUAGGAAAAUAUGCCAUUUAAAGUACCACUAUAAUUUGUUUAAUCUUUGUAUAAAUGUGUGAAAGUUGUGGGGCAUCCUCUUUCCAUUCAGAUUCAGAAAUUGUAUGUUUUAUACAAUUUUAAACAAAAUAUUUAUAAAAAAUAAACAUACUUAAAUCAUUCAAAGUGAAAUCAUUAAAUUUAUCUUAAUUUGAUUUGAAAUUAAAUAUAUUUUGUUUAGGAAUUGAAUCGGAUUCGAAAAGCUGCAAUUGCUUAUGGCUUUAAAGAUUUAUUAACUGGUAUAGCCAAUCUAUUGGAAUUAGAAUGCAGCAAUUUACCAGAAGGUACUCAUCCAGAUUGUGCCCUGCAAUUAACUCAUGCUGCUAUGGUAUUGCGAAAACCUUGGGCUAUGGAUUCUAAAUAUACACUCAGUCCUUUGAUAAUAAAAUAG